GGGGAGGGGGGAGAGUUGUCGGUCCAUGACAUGAAUGAACCAUGUUCGGUAACGGAGGCUCAGCUCUCCCGGUCUGCUCCUUCCACCUCCUGCCGCCGCUGCUGCUGCUGCUGGACCUCCCGCUGCUGCCGCUCACCCACGGCUGGUCCACUAAGGACAGUGAAGGGAUGGUGGAGCAGCGUAACACCCAUCUACACUCACGCAGCCAUGGAAGUCUGAGUGUCAAACAGAUGAGCAGCAAGGAGGAGGUGUUCCAGUGGUGGGGAGAAUGGUCCAGUUGGUCCUCUUGUUCCAGGAGCUGUGGAGGAGGAGUGAGGAGUCAGGAAAGACACUGUCUCAUACAGAGGUUGUCCACCUCGCAGAACAACAGCUCAUAUUGUGUUGGCUGUCCAAAACAAUACCAGCUCUGCCCAAACCAGCCAUGUCCCAGUCCCAGUGUUAGCUUCAAACAGCACCAGUGUUCCCAGUUUAACUCAAAAGCCUUUGGAAGAAGAUACUACCAGUGGGUUCCUCUUUACCCAGCCGAUUACAUCAGCAUCUCCAAUAAGCCAUGUGACCUGCAGUGCACAACCAUCAGCGGUGAGCGACAGCUCCUCGUUCCAGCCCACGACGGCACGUUCUGCCGCGAUACGAAAUACCACGGAGUCUGCAUAGAAGGAAUUUGUCAGCCUGUAGGGUGCGAUGGUGAGCUCUACAGCAGUAAGACGGUGGACAGAUGUGGAGUGUGUGGGGGCAAUGGGGCAUCAUGCCAACGCAUCUCUGGAUCAUACAGGAAGGCACUCACACAGUUAGGCUACUAUGUGUUCAUCACUAACAUCCCAACUGGAGCCACUGACAUUCAGAUCAUAGAGAGACACAAGACUGAGAACAUCCUGGCCCUGUCAGAUGAAGCCGGUCAUUUCUUCUUCAACGGAAACACAGUGUUUGACAACCCUCAGAACUUCCGCGUGGCGGGAACCGUGUUCAAGUACCGACGUCCGAGCAACGUCUUCUCUGACGGGCUGGAGUACAUCAUAGCACAGGGGCCGACGCUGCACGGCCUUAAUGUCAUGUACUACAACUUGAACGGGAAGCUCCCGCACAUCACCUACGAGUUCACCGUGCCCCUCCACUCUUAUGACAUCACUGCGGCAGAAGGCGUCACUACAAUUCCUGACCACUCUCACCUCAACUUCACGCAUAACGAGCUGAGUGAGGAGGGGAGACUGUCGAACCACAGUAGAGGGAGCCUCCAUCACUACAACGCUCACGAGGAAGAAGAAGACGAUGAAGAAGAGGAGGAGGAGGAAGAAGAAGGAGCUGUGUGGGAAAUCCGUACGCCCAGCCCUCCACCGCCAGCGGCCAUGUUGGUGUACAGACCGGUGGAUGUCACCGGUCACGUGUUCAGCCACAAUGACGUGGAAGAGCAGGGACCUCCUGCACCACCUGGUUACAGGAGUUCCUCUAAUUCCAUCGACGAGCCAUCAACUACUGAUGACAACACUCUGAUUCUCACUUUUCCAGGGAGUCAAAGUAUUCAUCCUGCAGUUCUGCCUGAAGAGGAUCCUUAUCUGCUGCUGGAGGAGCUCCAGUUCAACCAGACACACAGCAACAUACACUCCCUCACACAGUCCAACACGUACGGCGUGAAACGCACACUCACUGAGCUUCAUUCAGCAGCGGCAGCAGCGACACAUGCAGACACAGUGUCGUCCAUGGACGCCGUCACACACACUGGCGCGGUGGUGCAGCUGCAGCAGGUGUCUGCAGUGCAGGCAGCAAACACAGAGAGCAAUGACUUUGACGUGGGUCUGGACCCAGAUAUUAGUCUGGCUGACAUGUAUCGCUGGAAGGUUUCAGCUUACGCUCCAUGCAGCACCACCUGUACAACAGGUAUCACCACCAGCUACGCCCUUUGUGUCCGUUAUGACGGCACUGAAGUGGACGACAGUUACUGUGACUCUCUGACCAAACCAGAGCCCACACACGAGUUCUGCACUGGAAAAGAAUGUCCUCCACGGUGGGAGACUAGUGGGUGGAGCGAUUGCUCUCGUACCUGUGGUGAGGGUGUCCAGUAUCGUACAGUGCGUUGCUGGAAGAUGCUGUCGCCGGGCCUCGACUCCUCCGUCUAUGAUUCCCUGUGUCUGUCACACGACCUGCACAAACCGGCCAACAGAAAGGUCUGUCACGGACAGAGCUGUGGACCACAGUGGGAGGUGUCCGAGUGGUCGGAGUGCUCGGCACGCUGCGGCUCUCGGGGUGUUCGGACUCGGGAGGUCCGCUGCUCCAUGGAGAUGAGGCUGUGCAACGAGACCCAUCAGCCAAUAGAGAGUCAGGAAUGUGAAGGUCCGCCCUGCGACAGAAGAUGGACAGUUUCUGACUGGGGACCUUGCUCAGGUGUGUGUGGCGAGGGAAGGAUGGUACGUGCGGUGACUUGUCGAUCGUCUGGUGGGGUAGUAAUGUCAGAGGAGCAGUGCGACCAGUCGCUGCGCCCUCUGGCCAUCUAUCCCUGUGGUGACAGAAACUGCGCCCCCCACUGGGUGGAACAGGAAUGGCAGCAGUGUAACGCCAGCUGUGGCCGUGGCGCAAGGCAGCGUCAGGUGGUUUGUGCCGGACUGGAAGGCGGGGUCUUCAAAGAGUUUCCAGACAGCAGCUGUGACCUCAACAACAAACCAGAGACAAGCUCCUCCUGCUUCCAGAGACCCUGCUCCAAGUGGUUCACCACAUCCUGGUCCCAGUGCAGUAAGACCUGUGGGAGCGGUGUCCAGGUCCGAGAAGUCAAGUGUUACCAGGGGGAGGAGCUUGUAGCCAGGGGCCUCAGCUGCGACUUGGCCCUGAAGCCCGAGGCUCGACAGAGCUGUGAGAUCCAGAGCUGUCCAACAGAAGCACCAGCGGCGGCUCCGGCAGCGUCCGUAGCUGUGGACGACUCCUGUCAAGACAAACCAACAGCCAACUGUGCUCUGGUCCUGAAGGUGAAGCUGUGCUCUCACUGGUACUACAGAAAGGCCUGCUGUCAGUCCUGUAAGGCGCCGCGGCCCUGAACCUGUCACAAACCAUAACCUUUUCUGCACCAACCACUGGUACCGACGGUCACACAACGACGUUCUCUUAUUGGUGCUACACAAACACCUGCUGCUAGCAAACGGAUUGGCCUUCUGACGUCAACAUUUACCUUUAUUACUGUUAGCCUGUCGCUGACGUCAAAGGUCCAUGCCGUGGUCACUGCCUUCUACUUGUCAGUGUUACUCCUUUACUCGUCCCCCCCCUCCUCACAACAACAGUUGAUCAUAAAUGUGAGUCUUUCUCUUUAACCCUAAAAAAAAUUUCUUCUUCCCCCUUUUUCCAAGAUAACUUUCACUUUCCAUAUGUGGCAGUUAUUCAACCGUUUAGGAAUUACAGUACUGAGAAGCUGACGUCACAAACGUGUGACGCGCUGGUGAAUCUCGUCGAAAAAGAAGAAGUCCUGAGGUUCUACUGUAAUGACAAGUAUAUGAGCGCAAAGCUCUAUUUCUCUGCUUUCCAGUAUUCAUUCAUCCAUCUUCAACCACUUUAUUCUCCACAUGACAUAGGGGGAAAGGCGGAGUCACACCUUGGACAGAUCGCUGGUCCAUAGUUUUUGAAUUUUCUAUAUAUCACGAACAUGAUUUAGGAGUUUGUACGUGUGCCAGAUGGUCACAGAAGAGUUAAAUAACAUUAAAAAUCAUGCAGUUAAACAAGUCCUGAUGCAAAAACUACCACCGAAUCUGCUCUGACACAGUAUUUACCUUAAGGUUAUAGCAGUCUUACGAUUUAGCCAGAGUGCAGCUAAAGGCACCUGUCCUUGUUGGUAGACAUUUUUUUUCUGAGCAGCAUCGUCGCUGAAAGAUAAACUACUUUGAUCGGCUAUUAGCCAAGCAAUUCAUAGCACAAAACGACAACAAAUGUCACAAAAACAGAUAAAGGACCACAGAAACGGUGAAAAAUUUCCAAAAAUUGCAAACGCAUAAGGAUGUUCUUCUUAUUCAGCUUUGUUUAUAAAAUGUCAUCUUCUCAACCGACAUUCUCACGAUUAAGCAAACUAAAGAACACUGAUCUGUUUUGUUGCGGGGUCUUCCACGUUCCCACUUUCCACAUAGACAACUGCCACCUGCUGGCCCAAAGACGUACUGCAUCUCAUGUGCUUAGAGGGCCAUCCAGAGGUUAAUUUUUUCUAUUAAAAUGGGCCUUAAAAGGUCCAUUGUGUAAGGUUAAGUGACAUCUAGUGUUGAGACUGCAGAUUGCAACAAAUGUCUUCUGCUCAUUUUUAAAGCAUGUUGGUAAACCUCCGGUGGCCCUCUCAUACUCAGAAAGGAUGGACAAACACUUUAUCGUUAAUCUCGGUCCUCUGCGACAUUUCCUCCUCCUUUGUCAGUUUCAACCCGAUUCAAAGAGUACGAAAAAGGCUAUAGGUAGUAAUCUCAUUUCUGCGAAUAAACCCUAAAUGUUACGCACUGGACCUUUGAAAGUGAUUCACUGACCACCACCUCCCCAGACAAUGUGAAGAUAGACUACAGCUUUAAACUCACUCCUUUACUUUACCGUUUCUUCUUCAUGUCCAACCUUGUCACUGCAGCUCCGACCAUUUUACGAUAUUAAAACCUGUCCUCUGUCCACCCGUCCCUCUGUAAAGUCAUGAUCUCUAUACUUGUGAAUGACUUCACAUCCUCUCCAAGGAGCCAUGUUCCUGUGCAUCCAAAGCUCAUAAAAGGCCCAAAGACUAGUGUGUAACUUUAGGACCAGGACUGACCCAUGUCAAGUUUACCUGUGUGUACUCAUGUGGAAAAAAACACCAGUAUUUUUGUAAUUACUCAUAAUUCCUCCAGGGGGCGACAUAUUAUAAGCGCUGUAGCUUUAAAAUUAUGCAUUUUUCCCCUUACGAGUGAUCCGUGGUGCUUCUGAGGACAGUUUCUUUUCUUGAAGACAUGAAAAGUGUCCGAAAUGUGAAAUGGGGACGUCAAUUUAUGGGCCGCGAAAGUUUUCUCUGAAGAACCAGAUUAAGCAAAACAACCUAACGCUACAAAAGCGUACGACUCAAAACGCCGCUAAACGUCUACUAAAUGUUACAGAUGGUGGUUCUACCACAACUAAAAACAACCCUGGACGUUCAGCAGUACGUAUUGAUCAGCAGUAUUUUUGUUGUAAUUACUCAUAAUUCCACCAGAGGGCGACAUAAAAUAUGCACUAGUUUCAUCAACCAGUUCUCUUUGUGAAAAUACACUAAAAUUGUCCAAAAUGUGAAACGAGGACAAAAA